UGACUGUUGUCAUUUAGUAUUUUCUUGUUCUAUGUGAAAUAUUUGUAAAAAGUGUUAUUAAACACACUUGCAAUUAAUAAUUUUCUGAUUCUGAGAAGUUUUUGUUAAUAAUCUUAAAUCCUGGACUUAUAAGAACUCUUCGUUACAUAAAUUUGUCUUUUAAAACAAUGGAUUCAUGCUUGGGCGUAGAACAGGAUUUAGACAAAGCAACAACAAAAUUUACAGGGAUUCAUGAUCAUACGAACAAAAUCCUGCAGGAUUUGAUAACUCAAGUCGAAAAUAUAAAGCAGGAAAUAGCUAAACAGCCUGAUAAUGAACAAUUAUCUGAAGAUCAGGCAUUAUUGGUUAGUGAGUUAGCAGCUACUUUGAAGCAAACAGUAUUCCAGAUGUCUACAGAGCAUCGUGAACUUCAUGCAACAGUAUCCAGAGUUGGAAAGUCUAUUGACAGGCACUUUAUUGCGGAUUAUGCAGCUGUUGCACCAAAAGCUGAAUCAUUUUGUAGUGAAAUUAAUAGACCUAUUAUGGAACAGGCUAUUGCACAACAUUUGUAUAGACAGGGUCUUGAAGACGUGGGCGACGUGUUCGUUGGCGAAGCGCACAUACCGCCCGUAGAGCGUACAUGUACGUUCGCGCAACUACAGCGCUGUGCGGCUGCCCUUUCGGACGGAGACCCGGCGCCUGCAUUGCAGUGGGCAGAGAAAAGGGCGCAGGAACUGGCACAUUCACCGCUGCCCUUUACCCUGCACAGGAUGAAGGCCCUUAAGCUUGCCCGCGAGCAGGGCGUAGUAUCGGCGAUAGAGUACGUACGCAAAGAGUUCCCGGCGUACGCGUCCCGCCACGAACGCCAAUUGCAGGCCGCGGUCUGUGCGCUCGCUUGGUGCACGCCCGGUGCGCCAACUCCGCCCGCUAACUACGCGCACCUGUUGGAUCCUAAGGCGCUUGGUUCAGAGGCAGCCGAGUUGUUCAUUCGCGAAUCGUGCGCAGUGUUGCGAUUGGCCGCGUUGUCUCCUUUGGCGGGGGCUGUAGUUGCCGGCGCAAGAGUUCUACCGGCCUUACAUGAUAUUCGAGCUAAGAUGAGCCACCCCAAUGUCAUCGCAGCCUGGGCUGACGAUGAACUGCCUCUGGAGGUGGAGUUGGGUGAAGAUGGCGGUGGCUAUCAUUCAGUGUUCGCGUGUCCGAUCUUACGACAGCAGGCUUCUGAGCUGAACCCGCCCAUGAGACUCCUCUGCGGUCACGUCAUAUCACGAGAUGCUUUGAAUAAACUCGCUAUGGGCGUCAAAUUGAAAUGCCCAUAUUGUCCCAUGGAACAGUCGCCAGCAGAAGCCAGACAAAUUUAUUUCUCUUGAAUUGUUUCAUGAUUAUUGUAAUAUUAAGUCUGUAAAUAAAAUUUUCUUAAAACUAAAUCAGUUUAUCUGUUUUGAAUAAACCACUGAUGUGUGUCAAAAAUUAAAUAUAUAAACACUACAGUUAUUGUUAUUUUGAAUGCUUGUCAUUUGGAUCGUCAACUUGACAGAUAACUAUAUUUUAAUCUGUCAUGACAACAGUCUAUGACGUCUAUUAAAAUGUUGCCAUGUAAUGCCGCAGGGUAAAGGAAUAUAGCAACAUUUAUUCCUACAUUUUAUUGAGACAACACGUUCGUAUUUGUUAAGUAGUGUUUUCCUUAAAAAAACAGAUUAAGACUGAUUUAGUUUUUUAGUAUUAGAUUAAUAUUGAUGAAAAAUUAAUUGUCAGUGAGCAAAUAUACGAUUAUUAAAAGACUUCAACUUUAUAUUACGUUUUUAGCCUCAGCGUGAUCCUCUGUUUUAGAGGAAAUAAUGAAACUAAUGAUUACAUUAAAUAUAUUUUUAAAAAUUUGUUUGUAUUUCCCUCAGAUGGAAAUUGAUGUUUUUAAUUCUUAAUAAAAAAUAUGCAACAUAAUCACUUAGGAUUACGUCGCCCGAAGGUUAGUAUAUUAAUGUUUUUUUUAAUAACUGUUUCCUGCGCGUGAAAGUGCUUUGUUAUUAAUUAUUAUUCUAAAACAUAAAAAUUUCAAAAAUAUGAAAUAAUCGACAAAUAUAAAAAAAUCGAUUGUUUUAUUUAUCGAUUUUCAUCCUAAAAAAACAAUCGAUUUUCUAUGCAGAAUGUCACACUAAUAAUCAAUAGAAAAGUAGAAAAUGUUCGGAUUGUUUACGAAUUUCAAUACAUUACACAGAAUUUAAAAAAAAUCAAGGCUGCAAAAAUCACUUAGAGGUGUUCCAAUCAAGGUCCCCGAACGAAUUUAACACUCGCUGGAACGGUGAAGGAAAACAUUGCGACGACACCGACUAGCCACAGACCCAAAUUCGAGUGUCAGGCACAGAAGGCUUCACUUCUUGCCUAUUAGAUUGACAAACGAUCAUGAAACAUUUACAGAAAUCUGAGACCUAAAAAGGUUUCAGCACAACUAAUUAUGUAUAUUUAUUUUAAAUUAUAUAAACAGAGUUUUGAUAUUAACAACAAAAAAAGAAAAUUCGGCAUUAAUAUUUAAUAAAAUUCUAGGAGACAAAAAAUAUUAAUAACAUAAAUACCCUUUUAAUCUAAAUCACUUAUUAGGAAAUAUAAGCAGAAAUAUUUAAAGUUAUAGAUUUGGUCUAUUAGCUUUAUAUUCCUCUUUAAAUGUAGUUAUGUAAAUGUUUACUAAUGUGUAACGAGAUGAUUUAAAAUAUUUUAAGUGAUUUAAAGAAUCUAAUAAAUUCGUUAACACUUACUUUUUAAUACUAUUUUGUAUUGUACUAAUUUGGCGGGUUUCAUAAAUUAAAAUCAAAGACAAAAUGGCGUCGUUCGAUUGUCAAACGACAUGUCUCGUAUCUGUGAUGAAUUUUAUUAUACGCCAUUUACAUUCAUUCUCAUUAAAAUCUUACACGAAUUUAUUUGUGAAACAAAUUUGAUUAAUAAGUAUGAAAAAUUUCGUUGCUUUGUUUUUGCACAAUUUCUGUGUUUGUUCCUAUAAUUGGUUUUGUAUAAUUUAUAUUUAGGUAUAGUUAUAGUUUAGACAAGUAUGAAUACUUAUAAACGUAUCGUUUUUAAAUCUAAGCAAGCAUUCGGAACUUAACUGCGUUUACUGAAAAAUUAUGUUCAAACGGGCAAAUAUAAUAUUUAUUAAAAAUGUAGUUGACUAGAAUAAAUUACAAUUUAUAUAUUAAAUGACUUCAUGAAAACUUGGUCACCAGUUAUACCACUACAUAUGUCGCAGAGAACUAGUUUGAUUAGCUGUUCAAUUUACAGCCUAGCCUUUUAAUUAAACGGCGCCGUUUAACUAUCGGCCUGAAAGAUAUUCAGUCAGUUGAUUAAACAGCUAGGUAAAUGACAGCUAAUCAAGCUAGUUAUCUGGCGCCGUUUAGUUAGCCGGCUCUUUAAGGCUAGUAUAGUACGUUUAAGAAGGACUAUCUCAAGAGAAACAGGUGUUUCAAUUCAUAGAGUCAUAGACCGAAUUGUUAGAGCUAAAAAGGAGAUUUUAUGCAUUGAGCAAUUAUAAAUUAACAUAGAACUAUUGCAUUAUAGACUGGUUAUAGAAUAUUGUUCUUUUGUAAUAAAGCAUAUUUAGAACUAUG